AUGAUACUAACUACUACUACUACUACUACUACUACUACUACUACUACUACUACUACUACUACUACUACUACUACUACUACUACUACUACUACUACUACUACUACUACUACUACUACUACUACUACUACUACUACUACUACUACUACUACUACUACUACUACUACUACUACUACUACUACUACUACUACUACUACUACUACUACUACUACUACUACUACUACUACUACUACUACUACUACUACUACUACUACUACUACUACUACUACUACUACUACUACUACUACUACUACUACUACUACUACUACUACUACUACUACUACUACUACUACUACUACUACUACUACUACUACUACUACUACUACUACUACUACUACUACUACUACUACUAUUAUUAUUAUUAUUAUUAUUAUUAUUAUUAUUGUUAUUAUUGUUAUUAUUAUCAUCAUCAUCAUUGUUAUUAUUUGA